AUGAAUCUUUGCCGCCGUUUGUGGAAGUAUCUUCUGGUUUCAGUUAUUUUAUAUGCAACAGUAUUUCUGAAUCUCGAUCGAAUACGCCAAUAUUCCAAUGAAUCUUCUGCAAUUCAAAUCACAGAAUCCCUUACGAACGAGGCUAGAAACAAUAUUUAUGUUGCUCAAUUCAAAGAUCAAAAUCAUACUUAUCAGUUCUUAACGGUUCCUAAGAAGCCAUGCACAAAUAACACAAAACUACAAAUAACUAUAUUAUCGACAGCUGGAAAUUUUGAAAUUCGUCAAGCGAUUCGAGAUACAUGGGCUAACCCCAACAACUCAAAGCAUGUCGAAAACAACGACGUUCGGAUAUCCUUCAUUGUGUCAGCAGCUCAAAAUCAGUUUCUCAACUAUUCUCUUCAGAAAGAAAUUGAAGUUUUUGAUGAUAUAAUUGUCACGAAUCUCUAUGAAUCUUAUGAAUUAUUGAUUUUGAAAGUUCACGCAAUCCUGAAUUACAAGCAGAAUUUCUGCGAAUCUGCUGAUUUCCAACUGAAAAUUGAUGAUGAUAUGGCAGUUUAUAUGGAUGGAUUAUUUGAUGCUUUGAGUGAUAAAAAACAGGCAAGUGUGGAUGGAAUCAGUGGAAUUAUUUGGAAAAACUCACCGCCAGUAAGGGAGAAGAAACAUCGAUGGUACGUUCCAAUGACUCUUUACUCUCAAAAAUUCUUCCCUCCGUACAUCGAUGGACCUAUCUAUCUAAUUGGAAAAAACGCAAUUCCACGAAUGUUGGAGGAGGCUAAAAACUACAGCCAAUGGAUUAUUGAGGACGUUUUUUGGACUGGAAUCAUUGCCAAAGCUUUACGAAUCAGACAGAUCAACUGGUCCAAUCACCUCCUUCGAUACGUUAUCGAACUCAUCCCGUCUCGUCUGAAAUGUCUGAAAGGGAAACCUUUGAUCUACGCAGUUCACAAUAUGAAAGGACCGAAAAUGAUUCAUGACGGGUAUCAGAAAAUUACUGGUGUCAAAUGUUGA